UUCCCCUGCUUGUGUGUCUGGGAGCGUAAUCUUUUCCUUCCGAAUACGUUUCUCUCUCGAGAAAUAUACCCAUGACACAGUGGGUUUAAUAUCAGGAGGUGAUCCCGGAUUCCCCAGCCGUCCGAAUCCAAUAUCUGGGUCCUCUCCUCCCUCCCCCGCCGGCGGGCAGGCAGCAGGUUGCCAUGGAAAACUCGUCGGUGGCGUCCGCGUCCUCAGAGGCGGGCAGCACGCGCUCACAGGAGAUUGAGGAGCUGGAGCGCUUCAUCGACAGCUACGUGCUGGAGUACCAGGUGCAAGGCCUUCUGGGAGACAAAAACGAGACGUACCUGGACGGAGACAACAAACCCCAGUCCCACAUUUCACAGUGGACAGAGGACUGCAAUGACAAGAAAGACGGGAGUUGGUCACCCUCGUGGGGGAGGGGCUCCACCAAACCAGAUGAGUGGGAUCACAGUAGUAAUGGCAGUACAGGGUCCAGGCCCAGCUCUGGCUCUAGACCUGGUUCAGGCUCCAGGUCUGGUAGCAGGGGGAGGAACAACCAAUUCAGAGGGCCAGCCAAGGUACAGAACGGGAACAGAGAAGGGUCCUUUGACAUCCUGGGUACUGACAUCUGGGCUGCUAACACCAUGGACUCUCAUGGGUAUGUCAUGGGGGCAACAUGGGACCUCCAGCCUGAGAAGCUGGACUUCAGCCAGUUCCACAGGAAACCCUUCCGGGGAACACCAAAGCACCUUCCACACAUCGACAGAGAGGGAUCUGAAAGCCCAUACAUCCCUCCCAUUGAUCCUCUUCCAUGGGAUAAACAUGACAAUGAUGAUGCUGGUCCAUUCCAUUACUACUUAGAACUGAUGAUGAAAGGCAAGUUUGAAUAUGAUGAUGGGAUCAACUUGAACGACAUGGAGCAGUUCCUGCCAGGCCUUACUGAGACAGCAGCAGAGACCACCGGGGGGAGGAGGAGGAGACAGGAAGACCCAACAGCAGCAGUCGCCACAACAACAACAACAAACAGUCAAUCAACAUUCUCGUGACCAGCAGCAGC